UUCUCCUUCUCCUCUCCUCCUCAUAUCUCUCUUUAUUAUUCUCUCUUCUCUCUCUUUCAGAAAACUAAUGAGAGAAAACUAAUCCAAAAUAUAAUCCGACAAGGGUUUGGUGAGUAACAGGCGGCGGAUCCGACGGAGAGAUGGCAAAGACUGAAUCUUUCGAUUCGGAUCCGACGGUAAUUGCGAAAGCGAAGGAGCUGAAGCGUGAGAUGAAGAAACUGCUUCGGACCAUCGAGGAAGAAGAUGGUUUUAGCGUUCAGACAAUCGAUCAGUUACAAGAAGCUCUGUCUUCGUUGAAACAGGGGAUGAUGGAGAAGACGGCUAAAUCUUCUUCUCUUGAGAUGCUGGAGACAGUUUCUUGUCCUGAUGAGUUUCGUUGUCCACUCUCCAAUGAGCUCAUGCGUGAUCCUGUCGUUUUGGCUUCUGGUCAGACAUAUGAUAAGUUAUUCAUACAAAAGUGGUUAAGUUCUGGAAACAGAACAUGUCCCAAGACUCAGCAAGUUCUGUCCCACACAGCUUUAACUCCAAAUCUUUUAAUCAGUGAUAUGAUCUCAAAAUGGUGCAAGACCAUUGGGGUAGAGAAGAAGUUAAACCACUGUGAGUCCAACCAUGUAACUCAAGAGAAACCUGUCAGUAGAUCAGAUCGUGAGAUUCUCAAUUCAUUGCUCUGUAAAGUCACGUCAUCUUCGAAUCUUCAAGAUCAAAAGUCAGCUGCAAAGGAGCUAAGACGUUUGACCAGGAAAGGAACCGAGUUCCGAGCUCUUUUAGGUGAAUCUUCAAACCAAAUCACAAGCUUGGUUAAUCCGUUGUUACAUAAGUGCCAAGAUGAGGAUCUUCAAGAAGAUGUGAUCACAACUUUGUUGAACAUAUCAAUACAUGAUGACAACAACAAGAAGCUCGUCUGCGAAAACCCUAACGUGAUUCCUCUCCUGAUCGAUGCAUUGAAGCGUGGAACCGUAGCCACUAGAAGCAAUGCAGCUGCAGCUAUCUUCACUCUCUCCGCGCUCGAUUCAAACAAAGUACUCAUAGGCAAAUCCGGAGUCCUGAAACCGCUUAUCGAUCUUUUAGAAGAAGGGAAUCCGUUAGCUAUCAAAGACGUAGCUGCAGCCAUCUUCACUCUCUGUAUUGCUCAUGAGAACAGGGGUAGAGCUGUCAAAGACGGAGCUGUCAGGGUUUUAGGUAAGAAAAUCUCAGAUGGGUUGUAUGUGGAUGAGCUUUUAGCUAUAUUAGCUAUGCUUGUUACUCACUGGAAGGCUGUGGAGGAGCUUGGUGAACUAGGUGGGGUUUCUUGGUUGCUGAAGAUAACUAGAGAGAGUGAAUGUAAGCGGAACAAAGAGAAUGCGAUUGUGAUAUUGCAUACGAUAUGUUUCAGUGAUAGAACAAAGUGGAAGGAGAUCAAAGAAGAGGAGAGUUGUCAUGGAACGAUAACAAGGCUUGCGCGUGAAGGAACCUCUAGGGCACAGAGGAAAGCAAAUGGGAUCUUGGAUAGGUUGAGAAAAGCUAUGAAUCUCACUCACACGGCAUGAGAGAUUGCCCUCAAAUCCAUGGUUUUACGUUUGUAGGUUUGUUGUAAGUAGAAAUCUGUGUGAAUAGUUUUUUCUUUUGAUGUUUCUUUUUUUUUUUCUUGGGAAUCAAUAAAAGCAAUGUUGGCUUUAUUCAGUAGUGAAUGUCUUGGUCAACAAGUAACUGUGUAGCUUUCGGCUGUUUUUUUUUAUAUUUGAAUACAAUUAGUAUUAAAAAACAUAGAAUGGUUGUCAUGUCGUGUUCUUCACAUCACACGGCACUACGAAACAAAUCAAUCUUAUUCCACUUUCUGUGGAUUAA